AUUAGGCAAGACAUCAGGUGAACGAUAACAUGGAAGAGUCGUUCCCUCUCAGUUAAAAGUUUUUUUUAAACAGUCCGCCAUGGCUAAACAGUACGACAUUCUGUUCCGAAUUCUCUUGCUCGGGGAUUCAGGUGUUGGAAAGACGUGUAUGCUGCGUCGCUUCACGGACAAAGAGUUCGACUACGGACAUAUCUCCACCAUCGGUGUGGAUUUUAAAAUGAAGACUCUAGAAAUAGACGGAAUCAAGGUGCGAGUACAAAUAUGGGACACUGCCGGUCAGGAACGCUAUCAGACCAUUACCAAACAGUACUAUAGGCGUGCACAGGGUAUCGUCUUUGUUUAUGACAUCACAAAUGAGACCUCCUUUCAGCACAUAGUAAAGUGGGCCAGCGACGUGGAUGAGUAUGCUCCAGACAAGGUGCAGAGGAUCUUAGUAGGGAACAAAUCGGACGAGGAGCCCAGGAGACGAGUGACGAAGGAAGAAGGAAGCAAGCUAGCUGAAAGGUAUGGAAUGGACUUCUUUGAGACCAGCGCAUCCACCAGCAACAAUAUUGAUGAGUCUUUCACUCGUGUGACCGAACUUGUGCUGCAGGCUCACAAGAGAGACGUGGACAACCUUUUGGGAUCUCUGGAUGAUUAUUUAAACAAGGCUGGGCUGGAGGAAAGCGGUCAAGAUAAUAUUAACAGCAUUCAGAGGGUCUGUGGCUGUUAACAGGAAUCUUUUAAAUUUGCUAUUUCUUGGCUGCUGAUUUGAUUGGUUUCACUUGGGAGUGUAACUCAUUUACCACCAUCUACCAAUAGAGGGCAGUAGUAUUCCACCUACUAGUUGACUGCUGCUAUCCCUACUAAUCUUAUUCAUAGACCAUUAACUUAGAAUGUAUUGUUGGGAUGGAAAGAGAGUUAGAGGAAGAAGAUAAAUUAUUUAAACCAUGAAACUGGAGGUUUCACUCAUUUACGAACGUGGUUAAUGUGAUCCCGCUUGUGUUUAUUCUGUUUCUGGCUGCAGCACAGUUGUAUGUAACAGGUGACAGUUAUUGAUACCAGUGAGCUUUUUGCCCAAUAUGAUAUUUUAUCUUUAUAAGUGCUGCAAAAGGAAAUUAAUGUAUUAUGUUGACCAAAAUAAAUGUGACAUUAAAAAGUAAUGAACCAAUGGAGAGUGUGAUCAGGU